GCCGGGCCGGACCGGAGUGGGCACGGCCGGGGCGGGACCGGGCGGAGCGGUACCAACUGCGGGGAGAAAACAAGCGGCGGGUGGCUCGGGCACAGCCGUGGCCCCGCAGGUGGAGGUGGCUCCAGCGACGGCAGCGCUCCUGCUGCUCCGAGGUGGAUCGCACCGCCCGAGAGCUGCUGGGGGUGCGGGCGUGGAGCAGCGGAGACGUGAGCUCCCAUGGGCUGGGCUCCCCCCGCGGGUCAGCAGCAGCGGGCAGCGAGAGGGGCCCCGCUGCCCACACACACGAAGCCGGGCAGGGCCGGGCAUGGCACAGAGAGCGGCUCGCACGGCUGCGGAUGAGCUAGCAAAUGCCGCCGCCCGUGGCGAUCUGCAGCGGGUGAGGGAGCUGCUGGACGGAGAGGCCGACCCCAACGCUAUCAACUCCUUCGGCCGGACCCCCAUCCAGGUGAUGAUGCUGGGCAGCCCUCGCGUGGCCGAGCUGCUGUUACAGCGCGGCGCCGACCCCAACCGCCCCGACCCGCGCACCGGCUGCCGCCCCGCACACGACGCGGCCCGCGCCGGGUUCCUGGACACGCUGGAGACGCUGCACCGCGCCGGGGCUCGCCUCGACCUGCCCGACAGCAGCGGCCGCCUCCCCCUCGACGUGGCGGCCGGGGGCCCGCACGGCCCGAUCGGCUGCUACCUGCGGCGGCUGCCGGCGCUGCCGAGAGCACCUCUGCCCUGAUCCACUGACCGGAGUCCGGACCGUGCUCCCACUGGGACGCAGCACGGAUUAGAGGGAUGUGUGGAUUUAUUCACGUUGCUCUUUGCACGAGUCUGAGUGCUGCCCUGCGUUUGAACACCCACCCCCCACGCCCUUCUCCUUUCGCAAGGGUGUCUAAACACUGUGAAGAGAUGAAGGAAUUGCUCCCUUCGCCCUGUGUCCGAACUUUCUGCUAACCCUCGGUCCGCCUGCCGAGCCCCUCCUUCAUCCGCACGAAGCGGCUUCCCCAAACUCAGCUUUGGAGCCGAACGGGACGGCGGGGCCCGCCACUCUCCUUUGCAAAAUCAGAACAGAUGGGAACGAAGGUUUUGGUAAACACUUCAAGCCAACCACGCAAGGUGCUGCGGCAUGUUGGUACAUGAGCCCGUGGUGCAUCUGAGGCUCCUCUCACGGCGUCAGCAAACAUGGGACCUGCAAGAACAAAACAGCGAUUUGUGCCUCUGCAAGCCCGGUACCACCCUUGCCCGAAGGAAUACGUGCAGGUGAACUGCUCCGAUCCGCUGCUAGUUAAACAGUAUUCUGAAGGAAAAUCACCAUAAAUGCAAAACGAAAACAUCACAGGACUAAAAAAUAAAACUCGGACUUUCAUAUGCCUCUGAUUUCUCCAGGCUGCCCAAAACCGGAGCUUUUGGCACAGAAAGAACCACGCCGAAAUGUUCUGGCUCUGCAGCGGGUCCGCUCCUGGAGGAGCAACUCGCCGAGCGGUUGUUGUGCUUCGUGUGACACCAGGACGGAACGCAAACCCGGAGAGGCAGAGUGGGCAGCAGCGGCCCCGAGUCGCAGCUCUGUGUGCUCCGCAAAGAGUCCGGAGAGAGUUCGAGGGGAAAGAGAUUUCGAUUUGAGUUCAUAGUCCCCGCCUCUUUCAUAUAAAAAUUGUAAAGAUAAUAAAUAUAUUGUUGAGUGUAAUUUAUUGGAAUAUGUAAUUAUCAUAAAGUAAUCUCAUGCAAUUCGCGCUUUAUAAUUAGUCUGUGAAAACCGACACUCCGUAGAUAUGAAGUUUUGCCGUUUAUGAAUUCAAUUCAUAUGUCGAAAUGAAGAUACAAAACGCUCAAUGUGUGUGCCUGUAUGUAUAAAAGCACUGCGAUGGUACAUCAAGCCUAUACGUGUACUUAUCUGUUAUUUAUAUACGUAAUACAUUUGUGCUUUUCUAUGUUCGCUAUUUAUGCUCACAAGGUUGAACAAGAAGCUCAUAUUAAAUUUAAAACAAAUACAAAACGC